AAAAAAGUGAAAUCCAUGCCUUUGCGCAAGCAGGAAAUUGAAUUUUAUUCAUUAAUCAAUGAAUUAAUAAUUAGGCUAAUAUAGGCUACGUCAGUAAGUAAAUCAAUUAAUUAAAACAAAUGACAGCUUUAGAAAUCUGAUAACUGAAACAGAACAGCAGAAACGGAAUGAUUUGACCAGUGAACCGGUCCACUGACACAAAUCCAAAUGAAGACAAUAUGCUGUCAAAAUUACAGGAAGUAGUUACAGUAUGCGCACAAGAAAGCGCAGGUAUCACCAUCCACCAUGAACUUCGAGGGGGAGUUUUCGUCUCAAUUUUCCAGUAAAUACACACUAUUUUCAGAAAAUCAAGAUCAAGGAAAUCACUUGUCCAGGCAAAGAAAAGCCAAAGGCCAUGUCUUCUGUUCAAAUCAAUCCCGUUACACUUUGAGGACACACACACACACACACACACACACACACACACACACACACACACUUCAAACAAGCUUGUAAACUACUCCCUGCUACUUUUUAUUCAGCUUGUAAAACGGUGUUUCAAGUACAGAGUUUUAAAAACCUGUAUGCUACAUUCAGGCCCAUCUGGCAACAGGCUAGUAGGCCUACUAUCACAUUUCUGAACACAAAAGAAUCAUUUGAUUUAUUUCCAGUACUGGGUAAAUAGGCCUACAGUCUAACCAUGUGAUCCACAGUAUAACCAAUGGGCAGCCGAGAAGAAGGUAAGGGCAGGAAAAAAAAAUUACUACCAUUUUAGGGGAGGAUGUAAGCCACUAUACCAGCCCAUCUAACGUUUUACAGUCGCACUUAAGUGUCUUUUUAUUGAAAUAAUAAAAUAAACAUGUCGCUAACGAAUUAUUAUUCAAUGAUGGGGCUCCAGACAGAGGAGCCGUACGGUGCACAUUUCAUCCCGGGAGGCUUGCAGGGUUCGACGGCCGGCUGCGCAAAGCCAGUCCGGGGAGCGGAGGAGGAGGAGGGGACCCCCGGCUCACACAUUCCGGAUUUUUCACAUUUUUCCAACAAACAAACGAGCUUAAACGGCUUUUCUCCUUGGACAAACACCUCUACUUCCUCUUCGUCCUCCUCUCCGCAGCUGCAGUCCACCCCCGGCGCCUCCAUCCCCGGCCUUUUUCAUCCACAUCCCCUCCUGAGCCACCACCACCCUUACUACGGCCCGCAGACGCAGUCCCACUCCGAGCACCUCGCAUCCGCAGCCGCUUCCGAGAGCCGGUUCGUCCGCUGUUGGGAGGGGGCGACUCCCACCUCGGAGACCUCUCUGUCGCACGCGUCGGCCGGUUUCCCCGGGUGUGUUCCCACUCAGGGUGACCUCUCCAAUCUGAGCCCGAGGUAUGAGGCGGUUAAACCCGAGAGUUCACCGCCGCCACACGACAGCCCCGGGGAUUCCAGCUUCGCAAGCCCGACUGAGGUGGUUCUCGAGCGGCUUGGGACGGUGGAGGAACUGGGAAGAAAGCCGGAGCCCAAAAAAGAGGACGAGGAGAGGAAAACACAGCAACAGCCCGACCCGGAAAAUCCAUCAGCUAGUUGGAUCUAUGCCAAGUCCACCCGGAAGAAAAGGUGUCCGUACACCAAACACCAGACCCUGGAGCUGGAAAAGGAGUUUCUCUACAACAUGUACCUGACCAGGGACCGGCGCCUGGAGGUGGCAGGACUCUUAAAUUUGACAGAGAGACAGGUCAAAAUCUGGUUCCAGAACAGACGGAUGAAGAUGAAGAAGCUGAUGACCCGGGAGAGGAGGAGUAUGAAUGAAUGAUUUGGAGGAUUUGGAGAAGAGGCUGGGGUUGUUUUUUCCAGGCUAGGCGAGGAGGAGGUGAGGUUAUAGCUGAUAAAAGAAAUGCAGUGCUCCAAGAUGCCCAACACCUUUAAUCUCAGCUGGCAUGAUCAGCUGUUACUAAGCAAGGGACUGUGGAGCUCACAUGGCUGCCUUGGAAAACUGCAGUGGUGAAACUCUACAGGGGAGACCAGGAUGUGUUGUAACACUUUUAAAAAAUAUAUUCCUAUCAAAGUCUUUUGGCCUUUUCACGUUAGCUCUUCUGAACUCUGGUGUAGAAUUCUUCCCUCUGCAUGUUACAAAAUGAAGACAGUCAACCUGUAACCUGGGGUAGUUGUAAAUAAUGCUCAGAAUAAAAUGUUAACAUUCAUAGGGAGAUCCAUAAAUUGAAGCAAAAAACAUACUAGUUGAUAUCAAAGACUUUGUUCAUUUUAAAACACAUCUGUUUUUGAUAAGGUUAUAUAUCUCACAUGUCCAAAACUGAAACUACUUGACUUGACUCGCUUAAAUUGUCUGUACUUUCUGCCAAAACGUGAAUCGUGUUUUAAAAACUAUUGUCCUCAUGAAAACUGCUUUCAGUGUGCCAGACGAGACUGCACUACAGGCAACUAUCAAAGAUAAAUCCUAUGAGUGAUCUUAUGUCUGAGCACUGAGCAGUCGGUUAUGGCCUGAAAAAUAGUCGCAGAGUGUUUAUUUGAAAUUAAAAUGAAAUACUUGUGGAAAAGAAGACAAACAGAAGCCUGACACUUAUAAUACACUAAUUGCCUAAAAGAGACAAAACAGUGAGACAAAUUUGGAGAGAUGAAGUGGUGAGUUUCCGUGGUAACUGAUGUAAACGGGAAUAUGAGCAAUUGAUGUACUUUGCUGAUCCCUUUGUUAGCUUUAAAGAUGAAAUCUGAUUUAAAAUGCUGUAAUAUUAAGUCAUUUGGAUGAUCGAGUGUUAUUUGACCAUAAGACACAAAGCACAUUUGCUGUGGCUGAGCUUACUGUCAGUGUGCUGCUAUUCAGUCUCAUUGGUUCUGAUUGACAAUUUUAUUACCCUUACAAAAAUGUGAAUCUAUCACGUCAAGAUUUCACACCAAGAUACUACAUGUGAAAUUGCUGUUUUUCACAUGUGAAAUAUAUUAAAACCACAUGUGCCUAAAUGUGACUUUUUAACAUGGUAAAAGUGUGAUAAAUUCACAUGUGCUCCUUAGCAAGGCAAAGUUUGUUCAAAGCAGACUUGUCACGGAAAAAGAAAAAAACACAGAGUUGCUGUGAACUUCCUUUUAGACUGAAACAUCCAACAUCAUGUCACUUUAGUGUAAAGAUGAACCACUUUAGCAAAUAAGUUAUUGAAGAUGGAUAUUUUCUUUCUGCUAGAUGGCUGAAUAUGCACACAACAACAAGGCGAGCUGUUACACGAGUGACUCUGGAUGCUCUGCCGUAUUCAGUGUAGAUCCAAUACAAUAAACGACCUCGUCAACCUGCAAAAAGAAGAAUUUCAGUGUUUAGGAGUACUCUUGUCUUUCCCUGGUCCAGGGAUAUAAAUAUAGACAAAUGUGUAGAUCAAAAUAGUUGGACAACCUGAGGUUUGUUGCAACAUGCUGAAAUAUGUGUUAUGUCUAUCCACAACCUCAUAGAUUAAUACACAGCUUGCAAGUGAAACCUCAGUGUGGAGGACUAGCAUUUAUUCUGGAACAGAAAAGUAUGUCAAGUUAGCAAAAGUAUAAAAUGAACAAAAAAUAAACAAACAAGCAAAUUAUUAAAUAAACAAUUAAAAAAACCCUGUAAUAUUAAGAUAUGUUUGAAUGAUUCAUAAUGUGUUUCAGGUGCACCCAGGUGAGUAAUGCUGUCAGAAAAGGCCUAUACACAGAUCAUCAUGUGGUUGUUUAUCUUGCUCCUGAUUGGAGCAAUUCUCUGUGUUACAACCAACCCCAGUCUCCCCUAAAAUAACCAGAAAGGACAUUUUGUUCCUCAGAAACAGAAUAAGCUUCCUUGUUUUGUUUUAUAAACUGUGCAUGUAGCCUUAUGGGCAUAUUUGUUAUUGUUGUUGUUGCUGUUGUUGUCAAUGUUGCUAUGUAUAUCUGUUGUUACUGUGGGUCUAAUAUGCAGAUAUGGUCAUGUUUUUAUUCCUACACACACACACACACACACACACACACACACCAGUCAUGGCUAAGCUAUGGUGUGACAGCAGUCUGAUGGUUAUUUUUCUGUUUCACUGUUACCUCCUGUAAGAAUAAACAGCUACAGUCCAUGUAAGACGUUUAACAAGGACUACACACAGAAACAACGCACAACCUGUUUUCAUUUUAGAAUGUACGAUAACAUCACGUUGAAAUAUUAGAGGAAUAUUAUAGGGAUGUCAAAGGUAUUUUAGUGGGGGUUUUUUUUUCACGAGGAUGAGAUGGACUCAAAAACAACACGUUCUCUCUGGGAGAAAAGGAAACACAUCAGGCUAUGUUAGCCUACAGCGGCGGGCCUGUGCUGUGAUUUAACUGGAGUCGAGAUGUGAUGAAAUGAGGCCUUCAUCUGCUCAUUUAGGCUGAAUAUGCUGCUCGUGAUGACUUUUUUUAAAAAUGAAAUAAAAGAUGCAUUACAUCAUUGUUAACUGUGCGGUUU